AGGCAAUUGGAAAUGUCAUCGUUUAUUGUGCUUGUGAAGAAAUUUCAGCAGAAACAAUUACGAAUAGAAGAUCAGUAAAAAUCGUGUAUAAAUUGAUUAAAAUCAUAUUUAUAUUAAAAAAUAAACGUGCAUUUAAUUUUGACGAACAAUAAAUUAAUUGAAUUAGUGACUUUAAAGCAUUCAUUGUCACUACACCGCCUAUAAACGCGAUGGCAAAAGUACACAUUACAAACGUGGUUGUUUUAGACAAUCCAAGCAGUUUCUUCAAUCCCUUUCAAUUUGAGUUAACUUUCGAGUGCAUCGAAGAAUUGAAAGAGGAUUUAGAAUGGAAAAUGAUAUAUGUCGGCUCAGCCGAGUCAGAAGAGCACGAUCAAGUAUUGGACACAAUAUAUGUAGGCCCGGUGCCAGAGGGUCGUCACAUAUUUGUUUUUCAAGCGGAUCCCCCAGAUGUAACGAAAAUUCCAGAACAAGAUGCUGUUGGCGUGACAAUAGUUUUACUUACUUGCUCAUAUCGAGGACAGGAAUUUGUACGUGUUGGUUAUUUCAUCAACAACGACUAUGCUGAUCCAGAAAUGCGUGAAAACCCUCCACCAAAACCAUUGUUUGAUAAACUUACGCGUAAUAUAUUGGCAACUAAACCUCGCAUUACCCGCUUCAAAAUCAACUGGGAUGACACACCAACGAAUGGUUUGUUAAACGGCAACGGUCAACUACAUACGCAUUCAAUGGAUGAUAUGGAUGAUGGCGCUUCCACAUCAGUAUCAGCGAGAGCAAUGAAUGGUAAUGGGUAUAAUGGUGCUGCCGGUGAGUCUAUGGAUGCACCAGAGGCAGCGUGUGAUGAUAACAGCCUGAAUAUGCCAAUUGAAAAUGGUGUUAAUGCACUCAAUGAGAACUCAAAUUCGCUUGCCAUGGAGUGCUAGGAAUAUUUUUUUUUAUUUUGCCAGCAUCAGCGUUUGUUUACAAGUAUUUUUGUACCUAACAUCUAAUUCGGUGCAUCCUGUAAUAGAUCAUGUGCAUUGGCCUGGAAAUA